CCGGGCGGGGCGGCCGCGCAUGCACUCGCCGACGCGAGCAGCCGGCUUUGAUUGCUCCCGCUUCCCCCGGCGACUCGGCGAGCGUCGCCCAGAAUUCCCCCCUAUAAAAUGAGCAGGGCAGCACUCGCUCUGUACUCCACGCUACAGCCUGAAACUCCACGCAAGAGUAGCCUCUCCUUAGACCGAUCGAGUUGAGAGACAUGGGCGGCAAAGGCGGCGGCGGCGGAGGUGGUGGAAAAGGCGGCAGCGGCGGUGGAGGCGCCAGGAGCGGCGGAGGUGGAGGUGCCGCCAAGGGCGGCGGCGGCGGAGGUGCUGGGAAGUCGUCUGGCACCGGCGGCGGCAUGAUGAAGGCGCCGGGAAGCGGCGGCGCCAGCUACAUCUCUCGCCCCGGAUUCGAGUCCAACCCGCAGGGCUACUUCCAGGGCCUCCACGGCGCCGGUGGAGGCAAGUAGAGCCAGAGUGCUCUUGUGUGUUAGUCAGGCUGCUCUCAUCAGUUAAUUCCGGCCGUGCGGCAUGUUUUUGCACUGGCUUCUUAAUAAUGUAGCGCUUAAUUUGUCAAGCAGCAGCCUGCCUAAUUACUACUCGAUCGUUCGCUUCAUUGUAAUAAUGGGAACAUUGGAUCGUGGAAAUGAAGUCAUCGGAUAU